CUGGUGACCUUCAUCUUGGAUUCAAAAGGGUGGGCUACACUCACUUGAAUCGAGAGUUGUUAUGAUUUCACUCUCAGUCUGCAUUUAGAAUCCUCGAGAACUUUUCUUACAAUAAAGACCUGUUUGAAAAAAUGCUAUAGAUAGACUGUUUAGUAUUCACUUAGCUGUGUGUAAUAUAUGUUACAUUCGUUAUAUGACCCCCCAAAAAAACAUGGAACCAAACGAAUUCCUUAUUAGUUCACUAUGCCGUUCAUGAAAGAUUUCAUGUUACCUUAGUCUGUCAACUUAACUUUAUUCCAAAUUCAAUGGAAACUUUUGGUUACUCAAAUACUUCAGCGUUUCAUUCUUUAAUAUGAGGAACCAAUCAACCCUUGCUGAGAAUGUGGUCAUCAUUGAGCCUGGUUCUUUCCAUUUACGAAUCGGCCGUGCUGUAGAGAUAUUGCCCAAACGGUUUCCACAUUGCAUCGCCCGUAAACCCAAACCUAACGUUUCACCUUGUGUUGAACCUAUUAUCAAUCGACAGAAAGCUGCUUGUGACUCAUCCUCUCUCCAAGAAUCAGUAAGCACAAUUAGAUCAUUUGUAAAUACAUUGUUUAAUUUGAGUUACUCACCCGAAUUGAGUGGGUUACCUGCUGUCACUCCAUCUAGAUUGGAGCACACUGAAACUGAAGAUACAAAACUUUUUGAAUGGGAGUCCAAUACACCUUUAGACCAGGAAUUCUAUGCAUUGAAUGAUGCUUUUAAUCGUGGUCUCAAAGAUGGUUAUCAUAUUAAUUGGCCUAUGCGUUAUGGGUUUUUAUCGACAUCUGCAAACUACAGCGCCAUACUGCAAGAUCUGGAAGACAUUUGGUCUACAGCUUUGGAAAAACAUAUUGGUAUUGCGCGAUCGAAUCUUAGUAAUUACAGAGCAAUUCUAGUGAUCAAUGAUGUAUAUAAAAGAAAUGAAAUACGUUAUCUAGUUCAUUUACUACUCAACCGACUAAAAUUUGGACGUGUUUUUGUACAUCAAGCUAGUGUCUGUGCUACCUAUGGCAUUGGCUUACCUACUGCUUGUGUUAUCAAUAUAGGUGAACAAAAAACCAGUGUAUCCUGUGUAGAAGAUGGAGUGGCCCAUACAGAAACUCGCAUCAUCUUACCGGUUGGACGAAGUGAUGUCCUACGAGUAUUCCAUUCUCUUGUACUACCUAAUGGGUUUUGUAACAAGGAAGGUUGCAUUGUGGAUUUAAAAUAUGAAUAUCUUUCUGACGUGGAAGAUUUACGCACACUUAUGGAGAAUUCGGUCCAAUGUACAAUAAGUUUACUAUGUCAAGAAAACGAGAAAAAUAAGCUCGAUCAAGAAAUCCAAUCGAAAGCUAACGAAUCGUUAUUAAAUAAUGAUUGUUAUAAUAUAACACUUCAAUGGACACACAAACAAAAUCAAUAUGAUAUUUCAUCUCUUCAUCCGUCUACAGUUCUAUUAUCACAUAUACUUCCAUUUGCUUGUAUUUCUUCAUGUGUUCCACCAAAAGAAAUUUAUUGUACAUAUCAAGUACCUUCACUACAAUCAUCAGAACCGGAUGAUCCUUUUGAUGAUAUGUAUAUAUCUUUGACAGCACGUGAACGUCGUAAACGUGGUUUACCGAAUGAACAUCAAUCAACUAUUCUACCUAAUAAUGAACAACUGGAAACAGAAAUAGAUGUUACGGAACAGGUGGCUCCAGUAGACAAACCCCUUCCACAAAAACCUAACUCCUUUGAAUCCCUUCCAGAGGCAGUUUGGUGGAGUAUCAAUCAGUGUGCAAACUUAAUUGGUUCUCAAGUAGGGUCAGAAGUUAUUGUUCAAACCUCUGGUCUUGCACCCGGAAAGCCUUCUCAAAGUUCAAGCUCCGUAAGUGACGAACUACGUCGACGUUUGUUAGGAUGUAUUAUUCUUACUGGUGGAGGGGUAGCUGGUGUUAAUAAUCAAAUAAUUGAAAGAUGGUUGACUGAGCAGCUAAUUGUAAUAGCACGGGAAAAACAAGCAGCAACAACCGUAUCAAGCCACAUACCAACAGUUGAAAUCAUUCAUCACUCUGAACCUGGAGACCUCUCUUGGUCUGGUGCUAGGUUGCUACUUACUUCUGACUUGAUGAAUGACUUGUGGAUCACACCAGUCGAAUGGAACAAAUUUGGUUCGAGAGCUCUUCGUGAAAAAGCACCCUUCCCUUGGUGAUUUAAACUAUAAAUUGUAGAUUUAUGAACGCAUCUGUGAAAUUUCUCAUUCAUGUUAUCAAAUGCAUUUAUCCCAGUUAUUUCUAGUUCUUUGCGUACCUGUCGAAAAGAAAUUACAACUUGCCCAAGGAAAUUACGUGUACUAACGUUCAUCUUCAUUUAUAUAAAGAGCCAAUCCUCA